AUGCCCUCAGAUCCCGCAGCCAACCUCAGCGCCCUGCUGCGGGCAGCCUCCAUCGAAGACCACGAAGAAGUCCUCAAAGUUGCCAACGCCACUCUGAAGGUCUCCAAAUCGGACAUUAUCGCUCAACAAACUCGGGUUGUCGCCCUCCUUAAACUCGACCGCUUCGACGACGCCCUACGAGCUAUUGCCGACGGCGGCAGCAAGCUCGAGGACGCUACCCUGUUGGAGAAAGCAUACGCUCUGUACAAGACGGGAAAGCUUCAAGAGGCCCGCGAGAUUGCCAUCUCCAAGCACCAAAGGAGUUACCGUCACCUCGUUGCCCAGGUCGCCUACCGGGCUGAAGAUUUCAAGGAUGCGCUCAACGUCUACACUAGUCUGUUGGAGGAACCCCAGGGCGAGGACAGCGACCUAAAGAUCAAUCAGUUGGCUUCUGCCGCCCAGUUGGAGUGGAAGUCCUCCAACAACCUUGAUGGCGAUGACACGCACAUCUCUACCGCCGAAGAUGCUGAAACUUUCGAGCUCGCUUACAACAUUGCCUGCCGUUCCAUUGCACGUGGCGAGCUGUCAAAGGCCUCAACGCUCCUUCAGAAGGCUCUGCUCCUCUGCGAAGAAUCCGAAGAGCUGUCAGAGGAUGACAAGAAGGCCGAAAUGAUCCCCAUUAUGGCUCAGCAAGUUCAUGUAUACUCAAGGUUAGGCAAGGCUGACCAGGCCCUUGAAAUCCAGAAGCGUCUGCUUAUUUCCGAUGACUGGGAUGCCGAGUCGAGGUUGAUUGCUCUGAACAACAAGUCGGCUCUUGCGAGAGAAGUCAACAACCCCUACCUGGCCCAACGUGAAGUCGACGCAGCAGCAGCCCUGAGCAAGCAAGCCAAGUUGUUUCAAUACCAAGAGAGCGAGCUGAAGCGGAACAAGUACAUCCUUGGUCUUCAUUCUCAAAAGUUUGACGGUGUCUAUGAGAAGACAUCCCGCGCACUCGCCGACGCUGCACCGACCGUAUCCGUGGACACCAACAGCCUGUCAGCCAUCAAUGCCACAGCUCGUGCACUGCGUCAUUCCAAGACGGUCGAAGUCAAGAAUGUUCUCCCCCUGCUAGAAAAGCGGCCUACGGAUAUCGGCCUGCUGCUCACGAUAGUACAGCUCUACCUUGCAGCAAACAAUUCUGGCGCCGCGCUGUCUGUCCUUGAGUCCUUUCUCCAGAAGUUGGAGAAGCAGGACACAGCAGAAGUACGCUUCUCUCCCGGGCUAGUCGCUUUAGCCGUUUCUCUCUAUAGACAAGAAGGCCGCCAGAGCAGUAUACGGUCGGAAUUAGCAAAGGCUUCUUCUUUCUGGGAAAAGCGAGACGGCCGUCAUGUCGACUCCCUCUUGCGCGGUGCCGGCUCAGAGCUCCUCAAGUCAUCAGACGCAAACGAUCUCAUGGCAGCUGGUGCAGCCUUUGAGAAACUCUGCCAGAGGCCCAGCGUGGAUCACGUAGCCACCGCCGGCCUUGUGGCGUCCUUCGCCACCUCGAACAAAGCCAAGGUUACUCCAUACCUUAGAGACCUGCCUCCUAUCGAUGAACUCCUCGAUGGAAUUGACGUCGAUCAGCUUGUUGGCAACGGCGUUGUCUCUUUCGCGACGCCGGCCAGCCAGGCUAAGAAGCGCCAUCUUGACGUCCAGACGAUUGAGACGGCCAACAAGAAGAAGCGGAGAAGAAAGCUUCCCAAAGACUACGUCGAAGGCAAGAAAAUGGACCCAGAGCGGUGGCUGCCCCUGCGCGACAGAUCCUCGUACCGACCCAAGGGCAAGAAGGGUAAGAAGAAGGCCAACGAGGCCACUCAGGGCGGCUUUGUUAAGGAGGAGACGCUGGAGCUGGCGGGCGGCGCGGGAUCUGUCAAGGUUGAAAAAGCACCAACCUCGUCGUCCAAGAAGAAGAAGAAAGGCAAGAAAUGA